AUGCUUCUAUUCUUUUUAUUCUUGCAGCUUGGUUUUUCGCAAGAAAAGAGAAAAGUCCUAGUUGAUUGCGACCCAGGAAUCGACGAUGGACUUGCUCUUCAGUAUCUUCUGUAUUUGAACUCGACGGUUGAAAUUGUUGCAGUGACGAUUGUCGACGGAAACACAAAGACCUCGCAAAGUGCAGCAAAUGCUCUUCGACUUUUCAAAAGCCACGGAGUAGAUCCUGUCCCGCCGAUCUACCUUGGUGCAGACAAAAACACUUCCAGCGAUGAUUGGUUUGGAAAAGACGGUUUCGGCGAUCGACAAGACCUCGAGCCCGUUAUUUUCAAAGAAGACAUUGAACAAGGAAAACAUCCAGAGAUUAGAACAGACAAGUCUUCUGCCGAAGCAAUUGUUCAUUUUUCACGGGAAGUGGGAGAUUUGGCGAUUUUAGCACUUGGGCCACUGUCGAAUAUUGCCUCGGCGCUAGAAAUUGACUCAAAGAUACCUGAAAGAGUGAGAGAACUGACUAUUAUGGGUGGCAAUUUGUAUGGAACUGGCAACUCACCUGGGCAAGCGGCUGAGUACAAUUUUUGGUUCGAUUAUCGAGCAGCGGAAAAAGUCAUUUCAAGCUUUCUUCCAAAACUGACUCCAAAAAUAGUCACAAUGGAACUAGCCUUUUCGAAUCCCGUUCCCAUCUCUUUCUGGGAAAACAUGAAAAACGAGUUUCUGAAAGAAAUAUCAAAACUCGACGCAGAAAGGUAUUUCGGUGAGCGCGAGAAAAGAUGCGAGUUCGAUUCCGAAAGCGGCUGGCCUCUUUGUGAUUUGAUCGCCGCAGUUCUUUGGACAGAGCCAGAAGUGGCACAAGAAUCGUGGGAGCACGCGGUGGGUGUUGAAGUCGAAGGAAAAUAUUCAAAGUAA